AUGGCCAACUCACCUCCGUCUCCUGUUCAAUCUUGCAGCCCUCAUUUGCCUUUGUCACCUGUAGAAAUGAGCAGUCCCACAAUUCCAUCUUCUCCCGACUCCUUGGGCCAGUCUGACACGACUCUUUGUAAUUCAAGCCUACAAUCUGGCCUCUCUCCAAACAUGAUGAAUAGUUCUCUGCACAUUGAACGGGAUGGAACAUCCAAGCCUGCUGAUGUAAAGGAGAGCCUAUUCUCUAGGCAUGGCAAAAGGUCACGGUCUCUAUCUCCUCAACAGCACUUCGCAUGCAAGAAACCAUCAAGGACGUCUCUCCCAUACCCCACCAACCCAGCUCCAUUGGAACUUCGUUAUGCAGCCCGGGUGAUGAAUCUCAAAUUCCAAUCCGAAUUUCCAUUGGAAGCAACUAAGAAGUUUGAAGAACAAGGAUACAAGGCCAAGCUUGCAACGCGCGAGGUUGCGCGCCAACGCAUGUUGUUGACAACGUGGGAAAUCGAAGAGGCUGAGCAUCACUCAAUAUUUCUUGAUGGUAUCCAUGCUGAAAACGAAGAACGAUUCAAGUUGGCAGAGUGGGAAUUGCAGUGCUUCAGGAAGAUCUUUUCGCAGCGUGGCCAGGCAGAACUGGGUGAUGAUAGGAAUUAUCUCCAAGCUGUCUACCAGGACGAAUCCGAGGCCCUUCAUAUCAUCAGUACACAAACUGAUCAGGUUGCGAAGCUCCUGAGUGUAUGUGUCAGGAAGGCGUUUUUGAAAUCUCCCGAAGUAUUCCCCAUGUACCCCAUCACAUUCUCCUGCCUCAGCAAUGAGGAACCUUCUGACUCAUCUGAUGAAUCUUGCCAUGUGGAUGAUUCGGACCUUGACUCCGAGGCUUCAUGUGAAGGCUCUGAACAGUCGACUACCUGA